AGCAGUCUGCACAACUUUAUUUCCGAAAUGGUCGGACUCGACAAUUGGAGUGUGUGUCUGUUUGCCUUCUUGGAUUGCCUGAAUGCGUGUGCAAGCGUUGAGCACCGGGGAGAAGGUGAAUACAAUGGGCGGGAUGUCCAUCCGGUGCAUUCUAGUUUGCCUACUUGAACUGCCCGAAUGCGCGCGCAAACGUUGAGCACCGAGGAGAAGGUGAAUACAGUGGGCAGGAUGUUUAUUCGGUGCAUUCUAGCAUAGAGGGAGAUGGAUUGGUUAAAUUGAGCAUUGAGAGCAUGGGAACGGAUGAUGGACGUCCAAAGGAAUUGGUUUUCACAGUGGGGGAUUUGAUCGAAUAAUUUGAGAGGCAUAUCGGAGAUUAUUGCCGGGAAAUUGGAGGACCUGCGUGGGGAGAUGAAUCAAGAAUCGAUUUUGGAGCUCGAGCUCAACUACCCACGCGGCCACGCCUGUCCCAUGAAGGCACGAAGACAAAUCUCGAAUUCCGAAUCGUGCACCAACGUUUUCAGUUUAAAGUUCCGUCGUUUUGGGGGCGCGUUCUGUGGGGUAGAUGUGAACUCGCCUAUAACCAAAAGGAACGGGCUGAGGUGACUGCGAAACGAUACCAAGUAACCAGAACUCAGAGCGGCAGUUUUAUGUCAAUACUUUACACAACUAGAGAGAAGAGGGAAUACCGGAAUAGCGAAACUGGGAGCAUGCAUGAAGAGAAGAAUUAGCGCAAGCAAUUAUAAUGAAGAACAAUAACCCAAGGGGGCCGAGAUUUAAAUAUUUCGAAAUACCUCCCCUCACCUGUUCGACAGAUAUCCUCAAAGAAGAUGCUUUUGCGACUGAAAUUAAACUUGGUCAGUUCCCUACCGCCAACGGUCCAUGCUCUUCGGUUUCAGUAUUUCCUAUUCUCAUACUUUUCCAUAGAGCCACCUUCCCUAGCUCCACAUUUGCACAAGAUAUGCAACAUUGUUUCCAAUGGCAUUGGCAGUCUAGAUGACUUGGAAGCGAGUCUUGAUAAGUUGGCUGUUCCGAUCAGUUCGGGCCUUGUGACACAGAUCAUAGAUUCCUGCAAAAAAGAAGCACCUAGCAGAAGGUUAUUUAGAUUUUUCUCCUGGUCUCAGAAGAACCUGAGGUGUAAUUUGGAGGACGAGGCUUUUAACCAUGCAAUACGGGUGGUUGCUGAAAAGAGAGACCUUAUAGCAAUGAAUUUAUUGAUUUCAGAGCUACGAAAGGAGUGUCGGAAGAUGGAUACGGAAACUUUUAGCCUUGUUGCCGAAACCUUCGUAAAACUGGGGAGAGAAGAUGAAGCCUUAGGGCUUUUCAAGAACUUGGAGAAAUUCAAGUGCACACGAGAUAAAGUCACCGUAAAUUCCAUUGUUAAUGCCCUUUGUGCCAAAGGACAUGCCAGGAAGGCUGAAGGGGUUGUUUGGCACCAUAAAAGUAAGAUUAUUGGCAUAGAGUCUUGUAUUUACAAAAAUCUUCUUCAUGGGUGGUGCAUCCAUGGAAAUGUGAAAGAAGCUCGUAGAAUUCUCAUCAAUAUGAGGUUAUUAGGAGUUCUUCCGGAUCUGUUCUGUUAUAAUACACUCCUUAGGUGUCUUUGCGAGAGAAACCUUAAAUUCAAUCCUUCAGCACUUGUUCCUGAAGCUUCCAACUUGAUGAUGGAAAUGAGGUCUAAUGGGGUUCCACCGAACUCAAUUAGCUUCAAUAUUUUGCUCUCUUGUUUGGGCAGGACAAGAAGAGUAAAAGAAGCUCAUCGGAUCCUCUACUCAAUGAAGAAAUCAGGUUGUCCCCCUGAUUGGAUGAGCUAUUAUCUUGUGGUGCGAGUUCUUUAUUUGACAGGGAGAUUUGGUAGAGGGAACUUGAUUGUGGAUGAAAUGAUUGAGGAGGGGCUGAUGCCAGAACCAAGGCUUUACUAUGAUUUAAUUGGUGUCCUCUGUGGAGUUGAGAGGGUUAAUCAUGCUCUCAAUCUAUUUGAGCGAAUGAAGAAAAACUCUGUGGGUGAUUAUGGUCCAGUAUAUGAUCUGUUGAUACCCAAGCUUUGUAGCUUGGGAGAGUUUGAAAAGGGUAGACAGCUAUGGGAUGAGGCACUAGAGAAGGGUGUCAUUCUUCAGUGCUCAAGUAAUGUGUUGGAUCCAUCAAUCACAAAGGUGGUUAAGCAAACAAAUAAGAUGAGAGAAGUAAAUCUGAAUGACCUGAAGGAAUAUAAACCACCAAAAAGUGUUAAAGGAACAAUGAAGAAGAAUAUGGAGAAAAACAAGAAAAAUGCUUCUGGGACGUAAUUUGAACAUUUGUCUCAGAUAUACAAUUCCAGCUUAACUGUAGAGUUCCGUAUUUGUAUGUACAAGGAUACUUUAUGCAUAACUUAUUAUCAUUUCUCAA